AUGGCACCACCAAACUUCUCAAAGCAGCCGCCUCAGAAUGACUCUCUCAUCCUCGCUUUCCCAACCCCUCACAUCCUUCUCGUGACCAUCAACCGCGAGAAGGCCAUGAACUCUAUUCCCUUCGCUGUGCACUGGGCAAUGCACGCCCUCUUCUCCUGGUUCGACGCCGAGCCCGAGCUGCGGGUCGCCGUGAUCACCGGGAAAGGCAAAAAGGCCUUCUGCGCUGGCCAGGACCUCAUCGAGCUGGGAAAGCGGCGAGAAGCUGCUUCUUCGGCUAGUGCCGCCGGCAGCGAGGACGCUAAGAUCGUCGAGAUGGUCCGGAGCAUGGCGGGUCAUCCGCCCAGUGGCUUUGCUGGGAUCAGCAGACGGGUGGGCAAGAAGCCCAUCAUUGCCGCUGUCAACGGGUUUGCCCUAGGUGGCGGCUUCGAGAUCGUACUUAACUGCGACAUGAUCGUGGCGUCUCCCACCGCAACGUUCGGCCUGCCUGAAGCUCUACGCGGCAUCUACGCCGGUGCCGGCGGUCUCCCGCGACUCCUACGGAACACCUCCCUGCCCUUGGCGAAUGAAAUCGCCCUCACCGCCCGCUUCCUGUCCGCUCAGGAGGCACUCAAUUUCCAACUAAUCAACAAAGUCUCCAAAUCGCAGGAAACCGUGGUGGAGGAGGCGAUUGCUCUAGCCGAGAAGGUCGCCGCCAUCAGCCCCGAUGCCAUCAUAGUCAGUCGUGCGGCCAUUCGUGAGGCGUGGGAGAGAGACAGUGUGGAAAGGGCUUUCCAGACCGCCGACGAUCGGUGGAGGGACGGAUUGAUGAGUGGUGAGAAUACCAAGGAGGGCCUGCUGGCGUUCAAGGAGAAGAGGCAGCCGAAGUGGAGGCCCAGCAAACUUUGA